AAAUGAGACUAGUAUGAUGUACAGUACUUGAAGGCAACGCUCGUGGAUCAGUGUCCCCCAUUCAGAAGCUUUAGAGUAGUUAGAUAGAAAUUUAACUUAUUUCAUCUGCCGCUAUGUCUGUUCUGUGUUAUAACAAAGGGUGUGGAGAGCGAUUUGAUCCUGAAAAUAACCCAGAAGAUGGCUGCAUCUAUCAUCCUGGAGUCCCAGUAUUUCACGAUGCAUUAAAGGGAUGGUCCUGCUGCAAGAGAAGAACUACUGACUUCUCAGACUUUCUCAGCAUUGCUGGCUGUACAAAAGGUCCUCAUAACAAGGAGAAGCCCCCGGAGCCGGUGAAACCAGAUGUGAAAUCAUCAGGAGAAAAGAAAGAUAUAGAAGAACAAAAACCAAAGUUUAACGAGUACAUCAUCUCAGCACCAAAGCCUCAGGAGGCGAUAAGCAGACCAAGUCCUGAUGAGCCAAUGGUUAGAAUGCAGCAUAAAGUUUCUGCCUCUCUGAAGCAAGCUCUGGAGAAACUAAAAGUGUCUGAAAAUGCAGCUGAAAAGAAAGAGGAGGAAAGUGAUGAGAUCAAGAUCGGAACAUCUUGUAAAAACGGAGGAUGUACUAAAAGCUUUGAUGGACCUGCAAGUGAUUCAGAUGUCUGCUCUUUCCACCCUGGAUGUCCUAUCUUUCAUGAAGGGAUGAAAUACUGGAGCUGCUGUAAGAGGAAAACCUCUGACUUUAACACCUUCCUCUCUCAAGAGGGCUGCACCAAGGGGACACAUUUAUGGAGGAAAAAAGAUGCGGGUAAGAAAGUAGUUCCAUGUCGGUUUGACUGGCACCAGACCGGGGCACAGGUCAUCAUUUCCAUAUACGCCAAAAACGCUGUUCCAGAGCUCAGCUAUGUGGAUGCAAACAGUACCACGCUCAACAUCCAUAUUGUUUUUGAAGGAGAGAAGGAAUUUCAGCAGCAAAUCAGCUUGUGGGGAGUGAUAGAUGUGAGUAAAAGCACAGUGAACAUGAUGGCUGCUAAGAUUGAGGUAGCCAUGAAGAAGUCAGAGGCCAUGUCAUGGGCUCGACUGGACCUCCCUCCCCCCAUCCCCCCACCCAAGGAGAGUGAGAAGAAAGAGGAGGCUGAAAGUGAAGAUGAAGAUGAAUGAUGAGGACUUCAAAUGCAAUCAUAGAGUUGGCAUUUAGCUGAAUCCAAGGCAGUGCAAUCCAUUCCUAACCUCUUUAAAGAGUCGCCUCUCUUGCUGUCACAGAACUUUGGCCUAUGCUCUUUAUAGUUACACUGCUUUUACCUUCAUUCAAGUCAUCCCAUUUGAUUUUGUUCACAUUUUUCUUCAAAAUUUUGCCCUUUUUAUAGUUUGUUGUGAAGGUUGGAAAACUGACAACUCAAAAGUAUUUUCGAAAAAGGUUUAUCACUCAAUUAUCAAAUGACGUUAAGAACAGUGACUCCUAGUUCAACUUAAAGGUGCAGUGGGAAAACUGGGAAUAUUAGUGACACCUUACAGUCAAAUCCUAGAUUCCUAGAUUUCUAUCACCUCUGGUGGUAGCUGAGGCAGCCACUGAAAUAAAACAAAUGUGUAACUGUUCAUAGGUCUCUUUGGUGCUGUAGAAAUCCAAGAUGAUGUGAGUCCUUCAAGGAACCCUUCCCAUGUAAAAGAGAGCUUAUUUAAAUUAAUGAGAGUAAAACACAUAUAUUCUGGUCAAACACUUAUUUAGACAGGCCUACUUCUAAAUAUAAUGUCCCAUAUUUCACCAAUGUUGUCCCACUAAAAUGCUUUUAGUCGAAAUAUUACACACUAUACCUUUAAAUCAAGUCAGAUGAGUUGAAUUGCACUGAAAUUCAUAUGAAAAAAUAACUACAUUCAAAUCAGAAUCCAGUGUGGCUAUGCUUGAUCUCAGGCUCAUUAAAGCUUUCAUAUUGACUAUCCAUAUCAAGUCAUUCUUGUAGCCCACAGCUGUUACUGUCCCCUAUUUCAAAAAUGUUUGACUCAAGGUUUAUUCCACCUUUUAGUUUCAUAGUUUUUGCACUGCUGGCAUACAUGCUGUUGUCACUGAUAUAUUCCAAUUUCAGAGGUGCUUCACAUAGUUUGAGUGCAAAAUUUGGAUCUCCAAAGUGUCUCCUAUUGUAAAAAUAUGAAUUUUAUUCUGACUAAACUGUCAUACAAAAUUAUAAGAUUCCCUCCAGCCUGUUAGAAUUUAGGUUUUACAGCUUCAUACCUACGCUACCCUUUGUUGCAGAAAUUAUCUUUGAAUUAUACCAGUUUUUUUCUACAUUUUAUCUGAUGUAUAUUUUGUACAAGUUAUGCAUCAAACAUGCAUCCAUGUUGUAUUUAUCUAAUUUCUUGUCAACACAAAGAGUAGUUUUAAUCAUGAGAAUGUACUGUAUAUCUGAGAAUGCCAUUUGAACACAAGGUAUCUUAAGCCAAGUACUGUAGGAGUAAAAUGCAAUGCCAGGCAGCAUGUCUCAAGGCUUAGAAUGUAUAAAUGAUAUUUGGCUGAACAAGGCCAUGAUGUAAGGAGAAAAUAUGGGAGCAAUUUAUCUUACCAAAAAUAAACUUUGCGUUGAACUUUUAAAA